GACCGCUUUCUACCCACCACGGCGUGGAAUGAACAGCCAUGCCGUUGGCCGUGAGAGGUCAGAGAGCUGUGGCCCUGCUGCACUUCCUCUGCUUCCUCUGGGCGACCUUCGCCCUGACUCAAAAUUUGGGGUUGCCCAAGCCGGUCCGGAAAGUGCACGACGACAGUUAUGGCGGCCAAUGGAAAUAUCUGACCUUCCUCAACCAGCUUUUUCAGACAUUGCUGUACUUAUUGUGUGUCACAAUUGAUGCUGUAGCUCUGUUUGUCCCUUCCCAAGAAAAGAAAGUGUCAUCUAUAGUGCUGCCUAUUAGAGAUUUCAUCUUCUCUGCAUAUGUAUUCCCUGUUGGCUUAUUUGUAGCUGUUGCUUUCUGGGGCCUUUAUGCAAUUGACAGAGAACUAGUGUAUCCUAAAGAGCUGGACGAUGUUAAUCCGGAUUGGCUUAACCACACCAUGCACACUACUAUCCUGCCGCUGCUUUUCAUAGAGCUGGUUAUAUGUUCACAUAAGUAUCCUCCUAGAUGGAAAGGAAUAUUGGGACUUGGCAUCUUUUCAGCUGUAUACCUAUCAUGGAUAAUUUGGAUACAUCAUGUAGCAGGGAUUUGGGCUUAUCCAGUUUUAGGAGUGCUUGGCCUACUUGGAAAGGCAAUAUUUCUCUCUGUCGCUUUGGGCAUAAUGUUCAUCUUCUAUUUCCUUGGGGAGCACCUAACAAAAUGGUUGUGGGAUUUCACUUUCCUGGCUCUCUCAAAAUCAACCUAAAUUCAGUGUGCACUACUAGGACCUUGGAGAAGACCACAUGCUUACCUAACUGUUAAUGGUGCAACAGGUGGCUAUCACGGAAAGAGUCCCCUUCUCUGAAGGGCUUUCUUUGGAGAGACCCCUUAGCAUCCUCAGUGAAUGUACUUAGAGGCCAGGCUUCCUUUUCUGCAAGGCGUAGAAAGAAGUGCAUGUAGAGAAGACCCCGAGAAAGACAUCAGUUCAUUAAAAGGGCAAGCUCACUCAAUGGAAUAC